GACUCGUCGGUCUGGUUUCGUAGUUUUUGUUGUUCGGUCUUACGUUCCUCCUUUACCGUUGGUCUCUGCCGAUCUUGUAUUUUAAUAUAUCAGAUACCAUCGUAUUUGUUUAAUAUUAUAUUGCUUGCAAUCGGCUGUGCGCGUUUUUCCAAUUCGCUUCGUUUGAAUAACGUUUUUAAACGACAUGUAGAGUUGUCCAGAAUUCGUGCAAGUGAAUAUAUAGUGUGUGUGCGCGCGCGCGUUUCUGUUUGUACGGAACCGGAUGCUUCGGUUUUCGGAUUCCUUUGGAUCGACGAAGGUCUUCGGCUGAGAAGCUGCGCACUACCAAAAAGAGAUUCAAUGGCUAGUGGAGAACUAGAAGUUUUACGAUGCGAGUCGAGCCUGUGGUCAGGUCACUGUUGUGCCCGUUGUCGGGCCGAGCUGGGCCGUAUCGCCAACAGAGGAGCCAAUUGUCGUGCUUGCCGGGAACGGAUAUGCAUGUCUUGUAGGGAAUAUUCGACAGCCACUAACGCGCCAGAAUGGCUUUGCACUAGGUGUCAUAAGGAAAAAAUCGAGACUAUGGAGCCGACAAGCGAGUGGAUCGUAGACUUUUUAACGCCGGACAAUAUGAAAUAUCAGAAAAACGAGACGAAGCUCAACAGAUCGUUGACGUUCAAAGAUCCGUCACCGUGGUCGGCCGUCAGAGGGUCGCCCGAAUUGCGUGCCUACAGCAGCAUGCCCCGAGGCAGCACGCCGUGGUCGCAGAGGAACCCAUCCAGGUGCCGGCAGGUGCCCGCAACGACCGGCGUACCCGAGCCAAAGCACAAGCCCUGCGCCACCGUUCACCUGGUGGAUACUUGCGGGGGAGUUAUCGACUUAGAGCCCGGGUCCUUGACGGUGCCCGCAGCAGCGACGGAAACCGAAGAAACCGACUCUGUUGACGGACCUACGGCCAAAUCCGACCGCGGACCGGACGGUGUAAGUUCGUCCCAACGACUACAAAACACAACAGAGUCGGCCAAAAUACCCGAAGAUCUCAAACAAAUUCCACCCGGCGUAACGCCACCUCGAAGUCGACGAUUCCUUCGACGGGACCAAGAGGACAACUUGCUGAGCCUGUCCAGUUGUGGUGGCAGCGGCCGCGUCAAAGAAGACUACAGGCUAGUGUUUCUGAACGGCGUAGACUGGUCGUCGGACGACGGCGGAGGGCGGCAUACGUCUUCCAGCCUGUCGGCCGACGACGAUUGCGACUGGGACUAUUUCAUGGCCAGCGCGGACGACGACAACAAUCAGCAACAGCGACCGUCGACAGGUGGCGCGGGUACCGGUAGUAGUAACGAUAUUAGUGGCCGUAGUAGCGGCGGCGGAGGUAACGGAGGCGACCAGUUUACCGACAGCCGCGGCGAUGGCAGUAAACUGAGCGAAACCGACGCGCAUACAACGUUCGUGCCGGUCGUGUUACCGUUCCCCGUGUUCGUGCCCGUGCCGAUAUUAAUACCGCAGGAGCGCGCCCAAUCGACGCUCACCGCCGCGUUCGCAAACGUGUUGUCCGAGUACUUUAGGGACCGCGACAGUAGGUGCAUCGAGCACCACGGCCACAGUUCAAAUGUGAUAAACUGUCGCACAGAGGACGACGGCUGCGGAGAUCAAAUGCCGGAGCCGACGGUCGCUGACGAACGCGUGCCUCUCGCCAUGUACGCGACCCGCGCCGCCACCUUGGACGCCAAGCCGUCGUCGGCGGUGACACCGGUUAUUGUGGACGACAUGGACGACGACGGCCGCAAGUUUCCCGGCGGGUACUACUCCACGUCCGACGAUUCGGACGACUCGGACGCGCACGCCGCAAUGUCGUACGACGUAAACGACAGUCCGGACGACAGUCAGGACGACGAAGAUGACGAAUGUAACGUAAAACUGUCCAGCAUACUGGACACGGCCGGGACGGUCAAGUCCAACGGUACCACUUCGGACGAAUUCUCCGGCACCGAGUCCAUGGAAAGGAUACCGGUGGACGAAUCCAGCAUCGGCAACGGCAAGUACACCAGUCUCGUGAUGAUCACACAAAACGACAAACCGUCGGUGAACGUUGUGGCAAAUGACACAACUAAGGUGAUGGAGUGUGACGACGUCGAUUGUCAAGUCGAAGAAUACAAGCUCACGUUAGACACAUCAGAACCGGCAGACGACAGCGAGGUUAAAGUGGUGACCGGAAGUGAGACCCUGUCGGCGGUCAUCGCGUUGGAAGAAGGUUUGGCCGACGACGACUCCUGGGUAGAGGAUCUGGACCGAGACGACUUUAAGAACGAGUCUUCGGAAUGCGAAGAAAUGUCGUUUGAAGAGGAACCGGAGUACAAGAGGUCCGAGUUGGACUUUACGUUGCACACGAUCGUAGAGGAAAGCUGCGAAGAGAGCGAAGUGGAACCCGAGAGGAGCAAUCCCACGGAAUUAGAAAAGUAUUUCUUUUUCGGCCUUUGCGGUGAAAAAGAACACGACACGAGAUACACGGAUGGGUUUUCUGAAACGAGUUCCAUUAUUAGCGAGGGCCUUGAAUCGCUUGAAAGUAUCGAACCCCAACAAACCGGAACCGAAAUGAUAGGGUCCCGAUUGGAACGGUAUUUCUUGAGCGAGUUUAUGGGUUUCGACCGGCCGGAUUCGGACGGAAGCGUGGGCAGUGACAGUCCUGAACACAGUCCCGAGCAGAGAAGAAAGCGAUUGGUCAGAGCCAGAGGAACGGGACGGCAACAUUCGUCUCUCGAUAACCUCACCGAAUCCGAACAACCGGUCGACGUACAAUUGGAUUACGAGGAUUCGUCUUCGGAUUCGGAUUCACACGACGACACGGUUUUGUUCGAUAAAUCCGACGGCCAGUUCGACACCGUAAAGCGAGGAAAGAAAAAGAAACGUUCUGUCGUGACAGUACCGUCAUUAGAAGCUCUGGAAACCGAGGAAAAUGUUGAAAAACCCGGCGAACACGUCGUAGUCAUGUCUGACGAAAAGACGGAAAACGUGGACGUGGCAGAAGAACAAAUCGCUGCGUCGACUCCAGUGGAAACGCCGCAAAAGUUAAGCGGCGUCGACGGUCUAACGAGAACGGACAGUUUUAACAAUUGGAGUUCAGACGAGGAGACGAACCUCAUGAUGUCCAAGAUGAGAGCGUUCUUCAAGACCAUGUUGGCUAAUCAACCGAAACCGGAAGUGCCGGGCGAGAAAAACAAGCCACCGCAGUUGGUCAAAUUCGAAUCGGAACUGACCAGAUUAAUGAAGACCGUGCCGGGCAUUAGGGACGAACAGGUCAAGGAGAUCGUCGAGUACUUGAGCAGUGAAGACACGUGGAGUGACUCGUACGACUCUUCAGACUACACGAGUUCCGACUUGGAAACUGGGUCUAGACUGCAAGACGAAAACCGAGACACCGCGUUCGUUUAUCAAAAGCUGAUGGCGUCGCUUCGGCGGAUCGACGUGCCGAGUUCGGAUUCUUCGGCGUCGAGAAACUCACCGCCGCUCGUCACCAAAGUCAUGACGCACAUCGGCAGUCGACUCGUGGCGCUGAUGCACGCCGUGUCCGAAAGCCCGGGAACUCCUCGGGCGUCUAGGUACCACAGACGAUCUCAUCACCACCACAAGGCCUCCAUCAUUUCGACCACUACGGAAGAAGAAGACGAGGGCGAAGAGGAAUUCGAACCGCCACUCCCUCGAUCCAAGUCGCACGAUCCGUUGUUGGAAGAGGCCCGGCAAGAAGCCAGCGAUAACGAACGGUUCAGCUGGAGGGGCAGUUUCGAGUCGACGCUGAUGAUGUCCGACUCGCGAACCCGGUUGACGUCGAGCGGCGAGAGUUGCGUGACGUUGGCGGCCAAGAGGCGGUCGGCCGGCGACCUGUUAAUCAAGAGCGCCAACAGCAGUAGAGAACAGUUGGACCGAGUACGGUCGUGCGGUAGCAUAGGCGGCAGCGUCGAGGACCGCAUCUGGAGGAACGGCCGGCGAAGGGACAGCGUACCGGACAGCGGAGACUCGGCGGCCGACAGCGACGAUGCCACCGCCGCCGCGGCCGCCGGUGCGCCUUCUGGUCACCACAACAAGUCGACGACGUUACCUCGGAGCCUGCAACAGCAACCGUCGGUCACGUCGUCCAGUACUAACUCGUUACCUAGGCUACCCACUACGCCCUUGCCUUCGCCCAGCCCGUUAACCGGCAUCUAUAAGGCGCACAGCAUGCACCAGUUUAACGUCAAGUCCGCCAGAUAUAGGCCGCCCGGUUACAAAAACAUGGCGACACCCCCUCGCCGGGAGUACAACCGCAGAAGACAGACUGCCGCCCAACCAGCCGGCCAAUCCCCUCCGUCCACAGUUCCAUACAGUAAUAACUUUCCGCCAUCACCAUUGAUCGGUACUUUCGAAAACGACAGUACACAGAUCGUUGGUGGUAGCUGUGGUGUAAUUAGUCCAGAACCUUCGGCAAACAAUUCCGUGUGUUCCUUCAAAGCCGAAGAUGACGUCGAAAAACCACAACACAGGAGUAGCUCUUCUCUCGGAGUGGCGAGAAGCGACUCAAUGGCGUCUGUGUAUUCCGGAGCCGGAGAAGUUAGAUACGGAACGGUGGCCGUCAGAGGCGAAGUAGAAUUUGGUCUGCAAUAUAAUUAUAAGGCUGCUCAAUUCGAAAUUAAUAUCAAACACUGUCGCGAUCUAGCAGCUGCUGAUCCAAAACGAAACAGAUCUGAUCCUUAUGUGAAAGUGUAUUUAUUGCCCGACAAAUCAAAAGCUGGUAAAAGAAAGACCCGGGUUAAAAAACACACAAUGAACCCAAUUUUCGACGAGGUCCUCAAGUAUAAUUUAUCCUUGGAAGAACUAAACAGUCGGACACUAUGGUUGAGCGUUUGGCACUCGGACAUGUUUGGGCGCAAUAAUUUCCUCGGUGAAGUCCGAGUUCCCUUAGAAAACAAGAUCUUCGAUGAUCCCACCCCAAAGUUGUACCCACUUCAGGAACGAACUGAACCUUUGGAAGACAUGUGCGUCAGUAGCAAAGGCGAAAUAAUCGUUGGACUGAAGUGUGUACCACCUGAUCCGAAUUCGAAAAAACGUACAAAGGGCACAUUACUUCUGUUGGUUAAAGAUGCGAAAAAUCUACAGGCGGUGAAAUCAAACGGAACUUCUGAUCCAUUUUGUAAAAGUUAUUUAUUACCUGACAAAGGACGAAAUUCCAAGCAGAAAACCAACGUUGCUCGCAAAACGUGCAAUCCAAGCUGGAAUCAAACAAUCACGUACCGAGACAUAUCUCCUGAAGAAUUAGCUGAGAGGAGCCUCGAACUGACUGUUUGGGAUCACGACAGACUUGGUAGCAAUGAGUUCUUAGGAGGUGUCAGACUCUCGUUGGGUUCUGGGAUGUACGAUGGAAAAUCAGUCGAGAUGGAUUCCAACGAAAAAGAAGUGGCUUUGUGGCAACGUAUGCUGGAUAGGCCAAAUUUUUGGGUGGAAGGAUGUCUGAGUUUGCGACCGUCGUUGGAACAUGCGAGCAAAAAUUAAAAUUAAAAACGAAACAGAUUGGAUUUGUAUUCUUCAGAUGUGUUUUCUUCGUAAUUUUUUUUUUUUUUAUUGUGUGAUAUAUACAUUUAACUGUAUUUACUUUUUCAUUUUUUUUUUGUUUUUAUUAAUUCUAAGAAUAUCUGUGAUCUUUAAUUUUGAUCGUAAGAAGCAAACAAAAGACUAUUUAAGUAGUUUUGUGUAAUAUUGUUAUGGAACACCACAUUGUGUAGCUUCUUUGUAUACUUGGCGUAUAUGUACUUUCGUGUUAUUUAUUUAUUUUGAUAAAU